AUGCAGUGGGGGGGAGAGAUUACGAGGCAGGAGGAUCUGUCUGUGUGGCAGAUAAAGAUGGUGUUCAGGAGUGAGGAGAUGUGCUUGGCGCAAUUGUUUCUGCAGUCCGGCUCUGAAUAUGACUGCAUUAGUGAGCUCGGAGAGCUGGGGCUGGUCGAGUUCCGAGAUCUCAACCCAAGUGUCAGCUCAUUCCAGCGGCACUUCGUCAGCGAAAUCAAGAGAUGCGAGGAGAUGGAGAGGAUUCUGGGCUACCUCCUGAGGGAGAUCCAGAAGGCUAAAAUAGCCAUUCCACAGGAGGAUGAGAGUCCACUUGCUCCACCCCCAAGACAGGUCCUGGAGAUCAUGGAGCAGCUUCAAAGGCUGGAGAUGGAGCUGAGCGAGGUGGCGAAGAACAAAGAGAAGCUUCAGAGGAACCUCCUCGAGCUCACCGAAUACACGCACAUGCUGAAGAUCACGCGGACCUUCAUCCACAGCCGCUCCAGACAUGAGGCUCUUGGUAACCAGUAUGAAGAGUUCCCCACCAUGGAGACAGACUCGGUCACAGGAUCCACUGGCAUGCAGAGGCUCGGCGCCAAGCUUGGGUUUGUUUCGGGUUUGAUCCAGCGGGUGAAGGUGGAGGCCUUUGAGCGGAUGUUGUGGAGAGUGUGUAAGGGUUACACCAUCCUCAGCUACGCAGAAGUGGAUGAAAACCUCGCCGAUCUUGACACUGGUGAGAUAAGCAAAAGUGUGGUGUUUCUCAUCUCGUUCUGGGGAGACCAAAUUGGACAGAAAGUGCAAAAAAUCUGCGAUUGUUACCACUGCCACCUUUAUCCACACCCUGAGAAUGAUGAGGAGCGAGCCGAUGUGUUGGACAGCUUAAGGACGCGCAUCCAAGACCUUAACAAUGUGCUUCAUCGCACUGAGGACUACUUGAGGCAGGUUCUGCAGAAGGCCUCAGAAUCGGUCUAUACCUGGGUGGUGCAGGUGAAAAAGAUGAAGGCCAUCUAUCACAUCCUCAACCUCUGCAGCUUCGAUGUCACCAACAAGUGUCUGAUUGCUGAGGUGUGGUGUCCCGUCAGUGACCUCACAAACCUGAGGGGGGCGCUAGAAGAAGGCUCAAGAAAAGCCCAGGUGAAUCGAAGAACUCCACCCACCAUCCAACAAGUGUGCUUUUUCACUCCCUACACCAUCAUCACAUUCCCGUUUCUGUUUGCUGUGAUGUUUGGUGACCUCGGCCACGGGAUGGUGAUGAGCCUCUUCGCCUUGUGGAUGGUGCUGAUGGAAAAAAAGCAGAAGAAGAAACGCUCCAGUAAUGAGAUAUGGGCUACGUUUUUCAACGGUCGCUACAUCAUCCUGAUGAUGGGGCUUUUUUCCAUCUACACCGGCCUCAUUUACAACGACUGUUUCUCCAAGUCUCUCAAUAUAUUUGGCUCUGGCUGGAGCGUCAAGGCUAUGUUCACUCAUAAUCAGUGGACAAACAAAACGCUCCAAACAAAUGCUUUGCUCACAUUAGACCCUAAUGUCAGUGGUGUUUUUAAUGGACCGUACCCAUUUGGCAUCGACCCUAUAUGGAACCUGGCAGUGAACCGUCUGUCCUUCCUCAACUCUUACAAGAUGAAGAUGUCAGUUGUCAUCGGAGUCAUUCACAUGAGCUUUGGAGUGGUGCUGAGUGUCUUCAACCAUUUGCACUUCCGACAGAAGUUCAACGUCUACCUGCUGUUUCUUCCUGAGCUGCUCUUCCUGCUGUGUCUCUUUGGCUAUUUGGUUUUCAUGAUUUUAUACAAGUGGUUGAUGUUUGAUGCACGUUACUCCAGCCAGGCGCCCAGCAUCCUCAUCCACUUCAUCAACAUGUUUGUCAUGCAGGGGAAGGAUAUCACUCGUCUAUACCCAGGGCAGAUUGGCCUGCAAAUCUUCCUACUUGUCGUAGCGAUGCUGUCAGUUCCUGUGCUGCUGUUCGGAAAACCUCUCUACUUGUAUUGGCUCUACCGUGGAGGCAAAGGCCUGCGCAGACGCAGAGGUUAUGAGAGGGUGAGGCGUGUAAGCGAGGAUGACGGCUCCACAGCACCAUCCUAUGAUGAUGAUGAUGAAGAGGAGGGACUUGAUGAAGUGACCAACAGAGAAGCUCUUCCCAAAGAGUUUGACUUUGCAGAUGUGCUGCUGCACCAAGCCAUUCACACCAUAGAGUACUGCCUGGGCUGCAUUUCCAACACUGCGUCCUACCUGCGUCUCUGGGCACUCAGCCUGGCUCAUGCCCAGCUGUCGGAGGUGCUGUGGGACAUGGUAAUGCGCCUGGGUUUCAGGAUCACCACAAAAGUCGGUGUAGUGCUUUUGGUCCCUGUGUUCGGCCUCUUCGCCACGCUCACCGUGUCUAUCCUGCUCGUCAUGGAAGGCUUAUCAGCUUUCCUCCAUGCUCUCCGACUUCACUGGGUGGAGUUUCAGAUAAAUUCACCAACCUGUCAAGUUUGUGCAAUUGAUUUGAAAGUCCCUCCGUUUUUGAGCAAGACGGCUUGCUUUGAAACCUCUGAACUACCGGACACGACUGGAAACAGACUUUACAGUUGGGAAGGUUACUGA